CCAAAAACGAAGGGUCGUUUCGCAAAGGUUUCCUUACACACUGCGCAGCAAGGGCCAAUCUCGUAACUUCGGCGUCGUCUUCCUCGUUCCUCCGUCGCUCGCUGCUCGUUUCAAUUUCGUCACUUCGCACGCAAACACCGCUCCUCUUGCAGAAAACCCCGAGCUUUCUCUCUCUAAACCACGCCUCUCUCUCUCUCUCUCUCUAAAGCCACGUUUUCCUGAACACCCAGCUUCUUCUUCUUCUUCUUCUUCUUCUUCUGCUCUUACUUCUCUCUCGUUUCAUUCCAAAUUCGUGCUCUCCCACCCCAAUUUCACCUCCCUCCCUCUCCCUCUCUCUCUCUCUCUCUCUCUCUCUCUCUCUGUGCCUGCGCUUCACCGCAAUGGGCGACGAAAUCGGCUGCUCCGUCUACGUUGCCAAUUGAUUCUCGCCGCCGCCGCCGCGCCAUUCGCUUCGUAUUCGCGCAAAGCAGCUUUCAGUAUUCGGCGGAGUUUUUAUUUGGUAGCAGUUUGCAUGGAGAGACUUCGCGUGCGUUAUGGUUUAGAGGGUGUGCUGGAAAGAUGCAAUCUUUUGCGCGUCUGGGAGAAUUUCUUUUGUGUUCGGUGUUGCUGAUUAAUUAGUGGAGGUUUCUUUUGUGUUCUCAAUCAUUGGCAUUGAAAGUGCUUAUGGUGCCUGAACUAGUAUCUGUGCCGAUCAUGCUCUGAUGAUGCUGCACCUGAUUGGGAUGGUUUUUGCUUCCAGCAGAGGUUCACCAAAUUUUAAGGUAGACUGGGGCUAAUCUGCCCAGUCUAAUCUGAUUGCAUCAAUGGGCAGUACCUUCAAUCCACAGAUUUUAGUUGAAAAGUUAUCAAAGCUUAACAGUUCACAGACAAGCAUAGAAACUUUGUCACAUUGGUGUAUUUUCCAUAUGAACAAGGCAAAACAAGUUGUUGAGACAUGGGAUAGGCAGUUUCACUGCUCACCUAGGGAACAACGUGUGGCUUUUCUAUAUCUUGCGAAUGAUAUUUUGCAAAACAGUAGGCGAAAGGGUUCUGACUUUGUCGGUGAGUUCUGGAAGGUUCUUCCGGAGGCCCUUCGUGAUGUGAUUGAAAAUGGGGAUGAUUUUGGAAAAACUGCUGCCCUGCGAUUGAUUAACAUAUGGGAAGAGAGGAAAGUCUUUGGUUCAAGGGGCCAGAUUCUUAAGGAAGAAUUUGGUGGCAGACACCUGGAGAACAGUGACAGGAAUGGGAAGGAUUUAGGACAUAAGAAACAGCCUGUUGGAAAUAUCCUGGACAAAAUAGUAUCAGGUUAUCAACAUUUUUAUAGUGGCCAAGUGGAUGAAGACGUUAUAUUGAGCAAAUGUAGGAAUGCUGUCAGCUGUUUUGAGAAAGUAGAAAAAGAAAUUGGCAGCGACAGCGGUUCAGGGGGAUCCCGUGAUUCUGCAUUCGUGGGGGAGGUGCAGGGUCAGUAUACUGUACUGAGGAACUGCGUUGAUCAAUUAACCACAGUUGAAUCCUCAAGAGCAAGGCUCGUGUCUCAUCUUAGGGAGGCUCUUCAAGAGCAGGAAUUCAAGUUGGACCGAAUCCGGAAUGAACUUCAGGCUGCUCGAUCAAAGUCAGAGCAGGCAAAAACUAUCUGCCAACAGUUACUCAAUAGCAAUACUAGUCAAUUGCUGGCCAACCAGAGCUUGAAAGACGUCCAGACAUCCAUAGCACCCCAGACCUACAUACCAGCAGACAGGGAACAAUCUGUCCCAGUAAUGUACUCGCAGCGGGCACCAUCUUAUCCUGAGCAGUCCGGCCACACUGAGGAAGACCCUCGGAAGUCUGCUGCUGCUGCUGUGGCUGCGAAGCUGACAGCAUCGACAUCAUCAGCCGAAAUGCUGUCGAUGGUCCUUUCCUCGCUGGCAUCUGGCGGUGCCAUUGGUAAUCCAGUGAAGGACUCUUCUGGUGAUUAUGCUUCCGAAAAGCGUCCUAGGCUCGAGAACAACCAAACACCUUACAUACCGUCUCAAAAUCCCGAGCAGCCAACUAUUCCUCCUUUUCCCCAUCCAGAGUCCCUCCAACACAAUGGCACAACCGGUGUGCAACAGCCUCUGCUUCCUCCUCCAUCCUCUGCACCUCUUCCGCCAGCACUCCCACCCAUGACUUCAUACCCAGCACCGCCUCAGUUCAUGCACGCUGCCGGACCAAUGAAUAAUGGCAUGCCAUUCAACUAUAGCAUGAGCCAACAGCCGCAAUCACUGCCAGGUUAUCCAGUAGUUGGAACUUCAGUGUCUGGUGGAUUACCACCAUUCCCUACACCUCCAGCAAGCUCCUAUCAGGGUUUCCCUGGUUCAGAAGGUGGUUUCUACAACCAGCCAACGUCCCUGCCAACGGCACCAAUGUCUCGGCAAUAGAGAUCACAAGCCGAGUUUUUUGAUUCUGAGGAGGAAGUGUUCGAUUUCAUUGUGGACUGCCAGAGUAUUUACGAGAGUCCUCUCUUGACAUCUAAGGUGUGAGCCACUAGUUAGGAGUUCCCUUGCCUUGGUGCAUCUGCAGUUGACAUACUUUCAUCUGCACAUAUAACAUAGCAUAAGUGUCUGUAGUCAGUAUUUAUGCGAUUCUUACUUUAUGCGAGUGCGAAAAUGUGAAGUUAACUUGAACUGACAGAGGCAUUACGCUUUUAGAGCCAGUGUACAUUGAUUGUUAUGACAAAAUCAGCUGACAUUUAUUUA